GUCUGCCACCACUAAUUUUUUAUAUCUGUCGCGUUGUCAAAUUAAAAGAAAUUGUUGUUUGUUAUUAACGUUCUUGCGAAGCAUUCUUAAAAGCACAGCGAUUUGAAAAGCCACCGAAAAUGGCCAAGAAAGACGACAAAGCCCAACCUGCCGAAGAACUGGUGAAGGUGAACAAGUGGGAUGGCUCUGCAGUGAAGCAUGCGCUGGACGAUGCCGUCAAAACCUGCCUAUUGGGAGAUCGUCCCCAGCUGAAGGAACAAUUCGGCUUGGUCAACACGCGUCUCGUUCUCUGUGCCUUGGCCGUUGGUGUCGCCAUUAUGGCUCAUGCCUGGGACUUUACCCAUCCGUUCCCCCAAUCACGGCCCGUUCUGCUCUUCAGCGUUCUUGCCUAUUUUGCCUUAAUGGGCGUGCUGACGCUGCACACGACAUUCCGGGAGAAGGGCACGUUUGCCGUGGCCGUUCAGAAGGAUGCGUCGAACAAGUCACGCACCUGGGAGGCCAGUUCCGAUAUGAAGAAGUACGACGACAAAUACAUUCUGACAUUGAGUGUGCGCGAUGGUCGUGGACAGCGUGAACAGACGAGCAGCAAAUCGUGUGCCGCAUUUAUUGAUAGCAAUGGAAUCAUUCUCGAACAUCUGGUUGCCAAUGAGGUCAAUCGAUUGUUCAACUCGCUGGCUGCCGAGAAGAAGGACAAGUAACUAGUGCAAUGCACGAAAGAGCCGCAACUGGAGGAGCAAUUGCAACAGUCGCUAAUGGUCACUGUCUAAACACAAUUUCUCGUCGGGAGUUUCCAGCGAUUCCAGGUUUUUUUUUUUCUUCUAUCCUUUUGCAAUGCAUUUCUCCUACUUUUUUUAGACACACAUAUUCGCAUUAAAUUAAUUAUAGUAAAUUAA